AUGUCCUCUGCACCCUUCUACAGGAUCCUGAGACCCCUCCUAAUUGCCAUCUUUGUCCUGGGAUGUUUGUCUCUGUUUUUGAUGUAUUUUAAGCCUGCCACCAGCUGGCUGUCAGGCCCCGUGGAGUCCACCGUAUCCACAGAGCGUGUGAAGAGCCUGCUGUCCACACGCAGUGACAAGAACGUGACCACGGUGCUGGUGUGGCUCUGGCCCUUCGGACAGACGUAUGACCUGGGCGUGUGCAGCUCACUCUUCAACAUCGAGGGCUGUCUCGUCACUGCCGACCGCAACUUGUACAACAAGUCCGAUGGAGUGGUCAUCCACCACCGCGACAUCUGCACAGACCUGUCCAACCUGCCCCCCCUGCAGAGGCCCACCUUCCAGAAGUGGAUCUGGAUGAACCUGGAGUCUCCGUCUCACUCGUCUCAGCUGCCGGGGAUCGAGAACUUGUUCAACCUGACACUGAACUACCGGCAGGAUGCCGACAUCCAAGUGCCUUAUGGGUCCAUCGUGGCGGCCGAAGGGGAUGAAGAAUUUGUGCCCCCCAGUAAGAACAAGCUCAUCUGCUGGAUCGUCAGCAACUGGAACCAGGACCACGUACGGGUCAAGUACUACAAUGAGCUCUACAAGCACAUUGAGGUGCACGCCUAUGGACAGGCCUUUGGAGAGUACAUCUCCGACCAGGACUACUUCCCCACCAUAGCCAGCUGCAAAUUCUACCUGGCCUUUGAGAACUCCAUCCAUAAGGACUACAUCACAGAGAAACUGUACAACCCCCUGUCUGUGGGCACAGUGCCCGUGGUCCUGGGUCCCCCCAGGCAGAACUAUGAGAACUUCCUCCAGGGGGACGCCUUCAUCCAUGUGGAUGACUUCAGCUCGCCCAAAGAGCUGGCAGACUACCUGCUGCUGCUGGACAAGAACGAGGAGAUGUACCUCAGGUACUUCGACUGGAGGCGACGCUUUAAAGUAAAGAAGGCUCUCUUCUGGGCCGAGCACACAUGCCUGGUCUGUGACUAUCUGCGCAGGCACAAGGAGUACAAGGCCGUCAAUAACCUGGACAAGUGGUACUGGGGUUAG